AUGGAUCCAAAGAACGAUAUUUGCAAGUUACACGACGUGGCGAAGGCCCCAGCGGCCGUCACUUGGCUCCUACAGAACCGACCACCGCCCAGCUCCUCAGAGGAGGACGUUGGGUACGACACUUCUGGCUUGGACUGCCUUCUAAUCGUCAUUCGGAUGCUUUAUAGUGUCAAACUCUCCAUCUACACGUCGACUGAUAACCGGCUUGAAGCCGCCGAGGCACGGAACCCUGCUCUUCGACUGGCCUGGCAGCAUUACACCUACGCAUCUGGAGCGAGCCGGAUCCAGUGGGCGAUGGCUAAGAAGAAGGUUCUCGACGCCUUCAUCUCCUAUGAGCCCGACAUGUUUGACGCCAGUGAACCCCACUCCUUCGAUACCAGCUCUGAGAGACUCGCUGGGUCCAAGCUGAUGGAGGAGACUUUUUGGUGCCGACCCGAGUACCGGCUCUACCAGCAACCUCUUCUCAAGGAUGGAUCCGGCUGGGUCAUGAAGUACCUAUCAGAUACGCCGCCCCUCAAUCUGGAGCCUAUGGAGAUCGAUAUAGCCACCAUUCGAGAUUUUCCCGAGCCGACAUUCCAAGAGCACGUGGAUGAACACUUUGGGAGCUUCGAGUUGGAAGGCGGCUCCACGAUCCGGCACAUGUGCAAUGAACCGGCCAUCAUUUGA